CUGAAACAAAACACUGGGCAGCAAAGCGAGCUGCCGCAAAGGCCACUGCUUUUUUUUCCAAGGCGAUUGUCUCACGCUCUAAAUGCAUUAACACGACAGUCGUGGAAGAGCGAAGCCGACGUGUCGGGCGAGAAGCGGAAAAUACAGAGCGAUUGACCGGACUACCAUAACGACAAAUAAACAGACGCGCCGGACUGCGGGUGAAACGAGUUUAACCAUUUAUAUACCGUCGCGUGGUAAAAAAAAAAGAAAAAUCCAGAUAAGGAGGAAUGCGGUCUUCGUGAAAUGUGAACGGAUCUGAACAUCAACCCAACACUUCAAUGUUGUUGCCUGUCGGCGACUCGCUGGUUCAAAGUGCGGGCGUUUGGAUGCCCAACGGAGCUGAGAUCUUUGCAUUUAGCCACGGAUCCUGGAAGACAAUAGGGGAACACAUUACACCAGGCGGUCUUCCCCAAAUAGAAAGCCAGGAUUUUCGUCCGCUUAGCUCUCCAAGUGCCAGUGAGGAACCCUAAGUGACAGCUGUCCAGGAGACACUGAAGGAUGGCGGCUGUAGUGAACUAUUCACCGCCCUGGUGGGUCAAUGCGCUCCACCGCCUGCCGCACUUCAACCUCCAAUUCGAGGCGGUCAGCAGCGACUUUAGACCCGAAGAUACGGAAUAUCAGAAGUCUGUGCUGCUGCUGGGCGCCUUGGCCUUGCUGUGCCUGGGCCUGGACCUCCUCUUCCUCCUCUUCUACUCCUUCUGGCUGUGCUGUCGCCGGCGCAAGAACGAGGAGUCGUCGCACGGCAGCCACUCGCACAGCCAGCAGCCCAGCGCCGACUGCUGCUGCACGGCCUGGUGUGUCAUCAUCGCCACGCUCGUGUGCAGUGCUGGCAUCGCCGUCGGUUUCUAUGGCAACGGGGAAUCGAGCGACGGGGCCAAUCGUCUGGCCUACUCCCUUCGCCAUGCCAACCGCACCGUGGCGGGGAUUGACAAGCUUGUGACGGACAGCGCCCUGGCCCUGAACCAGACGGUGGAGGAGGGGCUGGUGCAGCUGGAGACGGCCUAUAAGGAGCAGGCAGACUACGUGUCCAUCGUGCAGAAGCUGCAGGGCCAGCUGGACGAGCUGGUGCGUCUGAUGGUGGACGUCCCCUUCUGGUCCAACGCCGACGUAUCCCUGGAGGACCUGGCCCGCAAGACGGAGACCUUCGACUGGUACAGAUGGCUGGGCUAUUUAACGCUGCUGCUGUUUGACGUGCUCAUCUGUCUGCUGGUGCUCUUCGGCCUGAUCCGCAACUCCAGAGGCACUCUGAUUGGCGUGUGCCUGCUGGGCGUCCUCACUCUGGUGAUCAGCUGGGCCUCGCUUGGCAUGGAGCUGGCUGUCGCCGCAACGGCGAGUGAUUUCUGCGUUUCUCCGGAUACCUACAUCACCAGGGCAACGGAGGAGAACUCUGUUAUUAACCAAGACAUACUGCAGUAUUAUCUUCGGUGCAGCCCUGGCCAGGUGAACCCAUUCCAGCAGAGGCUGUCUGGGAGCCACAAAGCCCUGGUAGAGAUGCAGGACGAUGUAGCUGAGCUACUGAGAUCUGCCACCCGUGACUACCCCAACACUAAGGGGAACCUUGAACAGAUCCAGUCCGUGUUAAACUCCACCGAAGUGGGCCUGCAUCAGCUUACAGCUCAUGUUGACUGCCGCAGCCUACACAUGGACUACGUCCAGGCUCUGACGGGCCUGUGCUACGACGGCGUGGAGGGCCUCAUCUACCUGGUCCUCUUCUCCUUCGUCACGGCCCUCAUGUUCUCCUCUAUCGUCUGCAGCGUGCCUCACACCUGGCCGAGCAAGAGCAAUUGGACGGAGGAGGAGGAUGGCGAGGACGAGUCGGGCGCCUCGCGCGGCGGCGCGCACGAUAACCUGUACCGAGUUCACAUGCCCAGCCUCUACAGCUGUGGCUCGAGCUUUGGUAGCGAAGCUAGCCUGCCCGCUACGGCGCACACUGUCAGCAAUGCCCCCGUCACUGAGUACAUGAGCCAGAACGCAAACUUUCAGAACCCUCGGUGUGAGAACACCCCUCUGAUUGGCAGAGAGUCCCCUCCGCCCUCUUACACCUCUAGUAUGAGGGCCAAGUACCUGGCCACCAGCAGGCCCGAGCAGAACCGGCGGUCCGUCCCCAACGACCAGCUGGACCCGGCCAGCCGCCCCCACGCCACCGCACGUCCCCAGUCCUCCGUCCACUAGAGGGCGACGCCACACCACCGCCGCCUCCAUCUCAUGCUCCACCUCCUCCUCCUCCUCCUCCUCCUCCUCCUCCUCCUCCUCCUCCUCCUCCUCUCCAUUCCAAUGCCUCAGUCAGACAGAAUGGGGGGGAGGGGGGGGGGCUCAAGGUCCCCACUCAGCUGCUUCCAAGCAGUUCAGAAAAAAAACAACCCACUGGACUCCAAGGUCAGAGGGAAUGGUUACCACGACGACCUCCACCACUCGGCCGAACCCCCUGCCCUCCCCUCCCGCCCCAAACGGAGGAACACGUAACCCACAUCAAGCAGGACUCACCAACUCAGCGCCUCGGCAUGCAGUGCACUUUUAAUGAGCUCAUAUCUCACCCAAUCAAAAGAAGAGGAAGUACCCAACCUCCUCAUCAAUAACCUGUAUCAUGCCUCCAAGACUACAUUUACCACGUUAAUGCAUUCCCUUGCAUAACAACUACUUUAAAGCCCUCUCCAUGGUUCCAGUACACUGGCCCCUAGUGGAGAUUUUCUUCAACGUCUCCCCCCCCCCCCCCCCCCCCCCCACACACACACACACACACACACACACACACACACACACACACACAAACAUACAUACAGAUCCCCCUUAAGUCACACUGUCCACAUUCCUGAGAAGUGGGACACAUAACCACUUGCACAAUAACAAGCCCCCCCCCCCACCCACCCACCCCCUUACACACAUACAAACACACAAACAAUCUGUACAUAGCUGUAAAUACUGAAUGAGCAAUUCAUUGGGCAAACAGACCCAAGUCCUUUCUGGUUUAACAUGGUGGUGUGCUUAGUGUGUCAUAGAAUUGUUGCUGUACCUUUCUCAUGUCGAAACACAUACACUCGCACACACUCAUACAUGCACUCAGAAACCAUUUGUAUGGAGAUAAGAACAAGUGAAUCAGAAAAGCCAUUCUAACGAUAUAGCUAACAGCUGGUGUCUGGGACGGCAGACACUUUUGGGGUUACCUUCCUCUGUAGAUCAACAGUAUUGUUUUAACCCAAAAUUAAUGACUUGAAUACGGAGCUGUCUGUGUUGCAGCUCUAUUUUUUAAUUUUAUUAUUCUCAUUGGUUAAGGUGUGCAUAAGCACGUGGAAGGAGGUUUUGCUUUGCUGUUGUUGUUGUAGUACGAGCCAGGACUGUUGUGUGUUCUUGCAAGCGCUUUUCAAAUGGAUCUCUGUUGGGAAUGAUUCAUUAUGCGGGCGCCUGGAAGACACUGAGGCGGGACGGAAAGAGACGUCGAUGUGCUCAACCUGUGCCAAAUAACUCUGAAUAACGAGGGUCACCGGAUGUUCGCCCCUCUGCUACUGCCUCGAUGAAAGAAUCAAAAAAAGGGAGAGCGACAAAGAGGAGGAUAACGCAUUUCUGGAUGGGACUAUUUUUCUCCUCCAUGUAAAUAAGAGCAGAGUUGAACGGACCCAUGGGACAAAGAAGAAGAUGAUCAGAAACGGGAAAUGGCUGGUGAAACGUGGUGUCCAACGUGUUUCCAGAGUCGGUGCUCAUUCUGCCAAUCAAGUCGCAAGGAGAAGGAACCGGAAGGCGAAAAAAAAGAAGAAAAAACUACUUACUAAUAACUAUUUUUUGGAUUGAUUUACAAUGUAUUUCCUCAAGUAUAACAACUGGGUGUCUCAAUGAACACGGGCUUCGUUUUUCUUCUGUUUUGUUUCAUAAACCCUCUUAGAAUGUAGGACAAUUAGUGGUGUUCAACUUUGUUUGGGUUGUAUUGUUUUACAAAGCGGUUAAUACUGAUGUGGUACUGUGACAAAGAAAAAAAAUUCUUCUCUUGUU